AUGCUUUUGGAGCCCGUGACCACCCUAUCAGAAAAAUCUGCUUCAAAAUGGACUGACAAAGACGUUAUGCCUCUUGCCGAACUCCUUGCAGGAAGGAUCUCAAUCGACGCUAGCGGAGAAAAUCGUCAAGGUGCAAAUGCUCUCAGGAAAAUUGGCCCAGAUUUGAACGAAUACAUUUUUACUCAUCCAAAAAUUUGUUCAAUUAUGGAUCCCGAUUAUGUUGUGGUCGACCUUAAUACUGGUAUUCCGGUAAAUGUUAAUUUUUACCCUCCGCCUGGUUCUCCGCAUAUUGCUGCAGUUCCACACUCAGGAACUCAUCAUGUUUUUAUAUUUAACGGUCCCGGAGAAACAGUUGAUGCACAACAUCUCAUAGGAUGGCUUCAAGGCACCAAUCCCAACGCUAUUCGCAACUGUUUAUUUGCAUGUCUAUAUUUUACUAAAUUUGUAUUGAUAAUGUAA